AUGCAGACUGCUCUAGCAAAACCCCCUCAGAAAAGGCAAGUCAUUUUUCUUGCUAUACUGUUGUUUUUAUGGGGGGCUGACUCUAAGGCGAUUAGAUAUUCCAUUCCAGAAGAAACAGAAAGCGGCUACUCUGUGGCCAACCUGGCAAAAGAUCUGGGGCUCAGGGUGGGGGAGCUGGCCACUCGGGGAGCACGAAUCCAUCACAAAGGCAGCAAACAGCUCUUGCAGCUUGAUGUAAAAACCGGCAAUUUGCUUCUACAGGAAAAACUAGACCGGGAGGUGCUGUGUGGGGCGACAGAACCCUGUGUAUUGCAUUUCCAGCUGUUACUGGAAAACCCAGUGCAGUUGUUUCAAAUUGAUGUGCAACUCAUAGAUGUAAAUGACCAUUCUCCAGAGUUCCUAGACAGGGAAAUGAUCCUUAGAAUCCCAGAGAGCGUCCAGCCAGGGUCUGUGUUUGCUUUGAAAUCAGCUCAGGACUUGGACAUGGGUAGCAACAGUGUUCAGAACUACACAAUCAGCCCCAACUCCUAUUUUCGUGUUGCUACUCACAACCGCGGUGAUGGAAGAAAAUACCCAGAGCUGGUAUUGGGCAAAGCCCUGGACCGGGAGGAAGAGCCUGAGCUCAGUUUAACUAUCACAGCACUGGAUGGUGGGGCGCCGCCCAGGUCUGGGACUGUCACAGUUCGCAUUGAAGUGAUAGACAUCAAUGAUAAUGCCCCCGAAUUUUUACAGUCCCUGUAUGAGGCACAGGUUCCUGAGAACAGUCCCAUAAACUCAUUAGUUCUUGUUGUCUCUGCUCGAGAUAUAGAUGCAGGAACUUAUGGGAGUGUAUCCUACUCUUUACUAGAAGGUGAUGAAGUUUCUCAACCAUUUGUAAUACACGAAAAAACAGGAGAAAUUCAUCUGCAAAGAGCAUUGGAUUUUGAAGCAACCCAACAUUAUAUCAUAGAAAUUGAAGCAACAGAUGGUGGAGGCCUURUGGGAAAAUGCACAGUGGCCAUAGAAGUGGUGGAUGUGAAUGACAAUGCUCCUGAACUAACCAUGUCCACACUCAGCAGCUCUAUCCCAGAAAACUCCCCAGAGACUCCCUACCUGCCGCUCCCGGAAGCGCCGCCCGAGCGUGCGCAGGGGGACUCGCUCACUGUCUACUUGGUCAUCGCCUUGGCCUCUGUGUCAUCGCUCUUCCUCUUCUCUGUGCUGGUGUUCGUGGUUGUGAGGCUGUGCAGGAGGCGCAGGGCGGCGCCGCUGGGUGUCUGCUCUAUGCCUGAGGGCCACUUUCCUGGACACCUGGUGGAUGUUAGUGGCACUGGGACCUUGUCCCAGAGCUACCAGUAUGAGGUAUGUCUUGCUGGAAACUCUGGGUCUGGUGAGUUCAAGUUCCUGAAACCAAUAUUCCCCAAUCUCUUGCUUCAGAACACUGGGAACUAA